AUGAUUGGAUACUUCUUCUUCUUCGGCGGUUACGAAUCCGCUAGGAGUGCAUUCACUCCGAGAGGGCGGACCAAGGACGACCUGGGCCCCCUGGCUACAGCUGUGGCCGGUGGCUUUGGCGGCGCGGCCCUUUGGGUCUCCAUCUUUCCGCUGGACGUAGUGAAGUCCAGGAUGCAAAUCGGUCUUACUUCCUCUCCGCUGUCUGCCCGGCGGACGGCACCCUUUGCGACAGGACUGCUCUCCACACUUAUCCACAUUGCUCGGACAGAAGGUAGGAGCCAUAAUCUCCUGCGCCUCCUCCCCAUUUGGGCUGCUUGCGUUUAACGGAGAUCUCUCUCUGCGUGUGUGCCUCAACAACAGCCGUGCACACGCGUUAGCCCAGCCCGAUUACCAGCCUGUGCUAUCUGUUAGUAUUCUCUAGAUUUUCUCGCUUCAGUGCUGGUUUAUUCACCGGAAUAGACGCACACGAGGUCAAAGCUAUGUCAGAAGACAGUCGGGAUAACUCGGUUAUUGUUUGUGGUUCUAUAGCAAUAAACAGUAAGAUUAGCAGAACACGAUAGAGUUAAUAAGGCGGGGAAUAAAUUGAAAAGUGGACGUACAUUCAAGGUGAUUAGACGAGCAGUCAGCGAAUGACGCCAAAGUGUGGUGGUCGAUUUAAAAGUGAGCGGAGACAAAGAGCAAUAGACAGUGAACAAAGAAUGACGAGAACCGACGAAUAGGGGUACAGAGUGUGAGUAAAGUCUGGUUACUAACAAACGGUUAGUAGCAAAGGAUACAAGAAUGGAAAUGUACAUCAUGGAUGUCACACUAUCUCUGCUAUUCUGACGACCUCAUCCACAGGCCUGAGAAGGCUUGUCAAACUCAGCUUACCCAAGCAGCCACCGGAUGGAUAUGUAGGCCAGGCGUAACACCUUGGUUCGUCAUCAUUAUUCAAUUGCAACCCGGCCGAAGGUUGAGAAGAUUUGAGGCGUGACCCGGGUUCACUUGGUUAUUGACAGUUCGGCUGUCGCGAACAACGACUUCCAUCCCGUGUCCCACUGAGUGGGCGUAGGCCGGUGAAUUAGUUUGUAGUGUGGUGAACUUGCGCAGUAUCUACCAUUCUCUGCCCCCUCACUCAACAGGCUCCUAUGGGAAGACUAUUAAGACUACCGGAGACAGGAUCGGGCGCAGGGGUUGAAAAGGCUAGACCGGACCAGGCCUUUAUGGAAACCAGUGGUCAGCUCGAAUUCCAUCUACCCGGGGGUGCCAUAAAGGCCAAAUUAAGAAGGAGCCAUUGCAGGUCGACUCCGCUGAUGACCGUCAGUUGACAGCCUUUCAGGCCACGAGGCGAUAGUGUAAAGGCGCAUCCUAUCGUUUUUAGUGAACGAAUAAACCGAAUUGCCAUUUUGGGGCCAAAUGCAUGUCCUUCCAGCCAAUCCGCCCUCUUGCGUUCAGUCUCCUAUGGUAUUCUGCCUUCUCAGUAAAGCUUAAUAAGGGGAAGUAGCCUUGGACCCUUGAACACCCCACCUGCAUUGUGUUACAUGCAUGGAAGAUUAACUGAUUUGUGAACAGUUAAGUGACUCCUGUAAGAGUCCGGACGUUAAUCUCCAGGGCGGUGUUCAGCUUUCCAGCAUUCAGGUACGCUUUCCGGCCGAAAUCUUGAAGGAAACUUUGAAAAUGUCACUAAACGCCAGACUGUAAAUAUCCCGUUCAGCGUGUGAAACGUUUGCAUCUGUUCUCCGCACCCUCGCCUCUAACUCAAACCAAAGCGACUAAGAUGUGCCAGGCGGAUUGCAAGAGGCAACUAGUCAUUAUUUUUCUCCAUGUUGGUAGCUCUCCUCUAAAGUAUUUAAAGUAUUUUUGACCUCACUGCGUGGUGUCACAGAUGUUCCGAAGGUUUUAGGGAAGACCUCGUUGUGACUAUUCACAAUGAAAUUAAUGUCAAAUGAUCGCAGCGAUAAAACGGCUAAUUGCUGUGCUGUGCCACCUUCGCCAUGUUUGUUUUGUCAGACCCCAAUGCCCGUCCACAUCGGCAUCUUGCUGGGAGGAAGACUAGAUUCCUGUGCAGUUUUGAGACCGUCUACUCUAUCAAUUAUACAGGCGUAAGCAUCUCCUCAUAGGUUGUUUAAAAAGGUCUACCUUACAGGCAGUUGCUGUGUAUUUUUAAAAAUACAUUAAUUGCCUUUUGUGUUGCUAGGGUAGGAUGGGCUUUUUGAAUGAACUGAUUCCCAAGGUCGAGUUCCGCAUUAAUUAAUCUACUCUACUUGACCACUUGUCACACUUUAGACAAUGGAUUCGUGCACAGAGUGCUGUUUUUUUGCCAGAGGUGCCUGCAUCUGUUAAAAGUCUUUGCAUUUUUACAAAUUUUAGGUGCACGGGCCCACUGUAUGUGCUAUUAGAGGUAGGCCGACAAAAACUUAUCCAAUCAUCGAAAUAAAAGGAGACGUUCACCGGGAGGGGUGUAUUGGAGGUCUGACGUCUCGAGUAGUUGUUUCGUCUACCCAUCUUCAGAGACUGGAAAGUCCUGCGCACAGUUAUCCUUAUAUGGCGCACUUUGUUUGAUGCGUGGCCCGCCAAUGGCGCCUGUGUCACCGUGACCUGAAUCACCCCCGCCCUUGUCGGCCGUGGAGGUGGUUGACGGCGUUGAUUGUCUCGCUCGUGACUGUCCCCCGUUAAGAAGGUUCAUAAAGUCAGAUAGGGGGAAGCGAAUUGAUGUGGCGGUUGACAGAGCAGUCGGUGGACAUCCAGGCCUUGACGUAUGAUCCCCGUCCCCGCCCACAAUCUCAACGGCGUCAAAGUUGGAGAUGUGUCCCAUUUACGCGGCAUGGGUUGCUAUCUUCGAUUUUGGGUCCAACCUUCGCACGGCCAACUUAUGCUCGUGCGUUUACGUUUGUAGCCGUCGGCCGGUUUCCCCAAAGUAGUUGAACUUCCCGCAGCUGCAUUGAAGUCGGUAGGCGACAGCCGACACCUGCUUAGGGGUCGGAUCUUUUGGCCGCAUUACUUGCCGGCGGAUUGUUGAGUUGGGCCGUGGGCAACGCCUAUUCCGUGCGGCGCGAGGGAUCUAGCCACGGCUUCGGAGAUCCCUUUCAUGUACAGAAUGCUCCGCCUCGAUUUUGACUGACUAUGCUCUACAUUCCACUUCCUUGGUUGCCUUCGACUCCGUUCAACGAAUGCUCGCGGAUAGCCGUUGGCUCUGAAGAGUUCUUGUGGCUUAUUUGUACUUGAUACGGCUGCGAUCAUGCCUGAUCUAGCCGGCCUCGAUGAUGUCCCGAACUGUACCUCUCCACGCGUGACGAUCCGCGGCAGCAGCUCUGGACAGCUCAAUCCAUUCCCUUCGCCAACGACGGAGACCAAAUACCGAAGGUCCAAGAACCACCUCCAUGUUUUGACGGACAGUGUCGUGCCAGGUUUUGAACUGGCCCCCUCUUCAACGCCUCCAAUGGGGCAACGGUGCCGGAUCGAGGGCAGUAACACUGAGCUCCUGAGGUGGACGACGAAGAACAUGCUCGAACCACCUCAGCGUCUUUCUUGGAUGGCCUGAGUUAUCCUUGCGAUGUUGUCGCAGCGAGCGCGGACUGUCUCAUUUGAGACGAAGUCGGUUCACUUCACUCGAAGGAUGGUCCCCAAGCAGUGGUGGGCAAAUACCUCCAGUUUUCGCUCAUCCUCCACGCGCAAAGCCGAGCAUUUACAACCGUAGAGAAGGACAGACCGGACAGAUGCACGGUACACGCGGAUCUUAGUGGCGAUGGAGAGGUCACGUCGGUUCCACAGGAAUUUCCGAAGGCUUGAAAAAACCCAGCGGACAGCAUCGAUUCGGAGGACAAUGUUGUCCUUACUCUGUCCAUUAGUCAGCAGCCUCGCCCCAAGGUAUUUAACACCGUCUACUUCUUCAAGUGGACAGCCAUCAAUCCCGGUGGGGUGCCUUCUCCUGGUCAGGGAUGCAGCUUGAGAACACUUUGGUCUUCCCAGCGUUUAUGGACAAACCGACCGAUUUAGCGACCUCGUUUACCCUUGACACCAUAGACUACAGAUCCCCAAAACUUGAAGCAAGUAAGGCGAUAUCAUCGGCAUAGUCGAGAUCAGUCAGUCGAUGUCCGGGUGCAAAUUCAACGCCGUCACCCACUUGUAGGGCCCUCUGGCGGAUUCAGUCAAUAGCGUAUUUGAACAGUAUGGAUGACAGGAUACAACCCUGUCGGACGCCAGACCGAAUACCGAACGGUUGGGAAAGAUUGCUGCGGACCAGUAUUCUAGCAGUAGAGGAGCGAUAGUAGGCCUUGAUCAUGGCGAUGAUUUUUGCCGGUACAUCAUAUAGCGCCAUUAUCCGCCACAGGGACUCACGGUGAACGCGGCGGCAAAGUCAACGAAGCAGACGGCCGUCGGUUGUUGGUAGCUAUGGCGAAAUUCGAGUUCUUGAAGGAGCUUCAUCUCGUCCAGUUUGGCGGCUGGUGUGUUGCAAUGAGUGUCCACCCGUCGGUAUAGCGUGCAUACACAUCUUCGUUUGUGAUGCAGUGGGCGUUUGCCGUUGUAACUGAGAAUUUGCGGCGUUUGAGUCCCACAUAUCCUGCACUUCAUAUCUUCGUCAACCGGACCGUCGGAGGCGUGUUACUUACGAACUGGUAAGUGCACUUCUUGGGAUAAUGAAAGAGCCGGCCCAGCACAGAGACCGGACUGUCUCAGAAGGCAUUUGCAGAGGUCAGACUGUGCCUGACUUCAGGAAUUAAUCUCACUGCUCAGUAAGGUUGAGCCUCUUCUACGGGCCAGUACAGUAGGUGGGCUAACUCACGAAAUAUCAAACGAAAUUCUGAAAUGCGUUUUCGUUUCAAAAAUAUUAAUUACGUAUGGUUGCAAAACUGAUCAUCAUGCAGCAUAAUUGUAUAAUAAUCCAGUUACCUCAGGGUGCCGGCUUUCGAACAAACUGUUUUCCGACUGCAUGCAAGAGCUAUGCCCUGCAAUAAAUGACUACUUAAGAAGCAUGAAUUUUUCUCAUUGAUUUUCGGUACCCUUAAAGAUUCACUUAUUUUUCAUUGAAAUCAUGCAUAAAAAUACUGAUUGUUUUGCUCAUCCGGUAGUAAAUUACGUCUUCUUCCAAUUUCAUACUCAAGGCAAAGGUAUAAUUCGGUUUUCAAGAAACUUUUCCAAUCCUCGAAUAAUUUUGAAGCCGACCUGCCGUUACACUUGCAUUCAGAGUUUCUAAACUACAAGCCGCAUAUUUUCCGCGUGCUGAAAACCAUACAUUUAUCUACGGUGUUAAGAGGAGACUAUAUGGGAUUCAUAAAAUUUAGCAGUGGAUUUAAUCCAUAUUGUUAACUUUACAAGCCACAUUGGUAAAUGCAGAAACAUGACGAUUUAUGAACGGCCAUUUCAGGCUAUUUAAAAGUCCUACAAUUAGAAACUUUUUAAAAACCGAAUUAUAUCCCUCCUUCGAGUAUAAAAUUAGAAGACGUAGUUAUCUACCGAAUGGUUGAAAGAAUGAAUAUUUUUAUGCAUGUUUUCCAUGAAAUAUAAUUGGACUUUUAGGGGCACCGAAAAUCACUGAGAAAGUGCACGCAAAUUAAGUAGCCAUUUGUUGCAGAGUAUAGUGUUUACAUGCAGCCAGAAGGAAGUUCGUUCGGAAGCCGGCAUCCUGAGGUAACUGAAUUAUCAGACAACGAUGCUGAAUGAUGAUUCGUUUUACAACCCUACGUAAUUAAUCUUUUUGCAACGAAAACGCCUUUCAGAAUUUCUUUUGAUAUUUCAUGAGUUAACCCACCUACUUUACCGUCUUCACUGACUUAGCAAUGAAGCAGCCCGAGGCCUGUCAGCCUUCGUUAAAGAGAGGUCGCAUUUCCUUCCCCUUGUAGGCAUUCGCGUCCUCUAUAGAGGCCUCGGUCCAACACUUCUACGAACCUUCCCUGCCACGGGUGCCCUCUUUGUCACCGUCGAAUGGACACGAAAACUCGCAAAACAGCUGUUUCCAUAG